AUGCCCGCCUUGUCGCUCUCUCCCCUCACUUCACGUGCUUGCCGGCUCGUGCGCGUUCCCGCCCAGGAUUCGCUCGCGCCAGACGGGGGGAUGGACUGCCAUUUAACUGUGCUCGACACGGAGCCCGUCGAGUUUGCCUCUGUCUUGGGCCUGCGGGCGGAGAGAGUGGCGAUGUGCAUGCCUGGGCAGCCGCGGUGCCUCUGUGCUGACGAUGCCAUGGAGCGGCUGUGGCCGCACAUGGCCGCCAAGCCAGGUACAUGUGCUAUGCCUGUGUAUUUACAUACUUGGUCAGAUGCGUACAAGGCCGAUUACAUACAUACAUCGGCAGCUGACAGACGUGGUGUUCCCGGGGCGGUUCAGGUGCAAGAGCAUAGAGUGUCGCUGUCUGCAUGGCCGCCGCCGGCUCCAAUCGCGUUUCGUCGCCACGCGUCAUCAUGCACAACACGGCCGCCGCCUUGUCACUGUGUAGCGUCCGACUCUAGACGUGCAAAGCAGCGCACGGAAGAUGGAUGCGGCAAGGCCCAGCGUGCAUGCUGGAUGGGGCGCAUGUACUAUGCCAUUGUGUUGCGGCCAGCGGACAUGGAGCAGUCUGGCCAGCAGGCCCCUCGAGCCAGGACGAGCCAGGUCGGCCCAGGGGGGAGCGAAUGA